CUGCUUUCUCUCUUUAUAGUUUUUCUUGAUUUAAAGUCAAACUUCGGAGACUACAUUGCUACUUUUCAGCGGCAGCUCAGAAGAUUCAGGAGCAUCGUCGCCAGUGAAUUUCGAGAGCGCGGCCGACAUGGCGGAGGCGCUGCAGUUGAAAUUGAGGAGUUCACCGGCGCUGCCGCACUUCAUGUGCCUUCUGACGAGAAGCACUUCCGUAUGUGGCGGCUCUUUGACAUGAUCUUACAACAUCUCACUCUUCAGACGACCGUUCAAGGCAUGACUGACGUCGAGAACUGUGACUAUGAACGUCUGGAGAGCGAAGUGGAACGGUUAAAGGAGGACUUGGACCAGGAACGAAUGCGAGUCGUGGAGCUCGACAAUCGCAUCGCCGAUUUGCACGAUGGCCGUGCCAGCAUCUCCAGCAGCCGCUCCACCACCCCCUCCUCCACCGCAUGGAUUGGGAGUGAUCACGCACAACGAGGAGCUCAGAAACGCGUACCGAAGCCAUCAGGGCCGUUAAAAUCACUCAACUGGGUAAAAUUUACCGAGAGCAAGGUAAAGGGAACAGCGUGGGAAUUCAUAGAGGACGAAAAGAUGUAUAAGCAGGUACAGCUAAGUGUGACCUUCAGUAAUUUAUGGUUGAUUUACUCAUGUUUUUGUAGUUUGCCGCAAUCCUGUAUAAAUAAGGUCAAUUUAUAUGACUAG